AUGGUGAUGCUGUCUCCUUCGUUGCGGUACCGACGGAGGAGGAGUCGUUUUCCGACAGCUGUGGCGGUUGCUGCGGCAGUGGCGGCAGCUUUGGCGGCACCUUUUGUGGUUGCCGGUACGGAGCCGGCUGUGGCCGCCCAGGAAGUCGUCGACCUGCCAGAGCUCACGGGUACCCGUGGGGAGACUCAAGACCACGGACGGGUGGACCCUGAGCCAAGGCAAGGUCCUGGGAAGGGGCCAGGAGGUUACGACGGGUUCAGCGCUCACCCUAUGAUAGACGUGGGUGAGGAGUGUGCACCUAGCCCUCUCUGGGUCAAAAACGUCAAUACGUCGAGCUAUGAGCUGGGGUGCGAAGAGAUCGAGGCGCUCAAAUUAGGCCAGUAUUUUCGCAUUGAAACGGCACCAUGA